CCAUGAAGUCUCUGCGCUUCCUCGCGUCCGAGGCCUUUGUCCUGAGCGGCCCGAGCGCUGAGGAGAACCUGAGCGGCGUGUCUUUGGACUUGUACCCGCUGGUCUUCAAGGCCUGCUACCUGCACGAGCGGGCCGCGCUGCUGCGGGCAUUGGUGCGCACGUGGCCGCUACCUGAGCUGCACCUGCAAAGCCUGCUGGGAAGGACAGCCGACUGCCAGCUGGACCUGACCUCCCGCACCUGCCGCACCUGCCUGCUGGCCAUGGGCAUGGGACUGAAGGAGUACGUGUUGUCACCACUAAGCACAUACGCCAAAGUGCUCCACGUGGUGGACCUGACGGCCCUGAAGGACGUGGAGCGGCAGGAGUGUCCCUGCAGGAGCACCUUGGGCCGAUGGGCACGCACCCGGCUGCUCAGCCAGAUGUGCUACGAGACCACGGUGGCCAUGCAGGCCGGCGACGCGUCCCCGUCUGCAUUCGGCAUCGCCAUCGACGUGCGGCUGAACGGCUUUGUCACGGGCCGCAACUAUGAGCAAGUGGCGCAGGCCUUGCUCCUCCUCCGCCUCUGCCCCCUCAAGCUACGCUUCCCCGCCUUCCGGGCAGAUUCCCUGGCACUCAAGCAGCUCUUCUACGUGCUGCGACUGGCCCAGCCCGAGCACAUGAGCACGCUGGAGGUGGUGCACAACGUUCCCCUGGAGGCCGCGCACCUGGAGGUGCUGCUCUCCAGGGUGGAGUUCCCCAGGCUGCGCUCCCUCACGCUGCCUGCGGGGGCGCUGGACGUGCGGAGGCUGGGAUCCGAUGAGGAAGACCUGCUGGCCACCGUCGGCACCCUGCUGGCACGACUCACCAACCUCACUCACCUCUGUGUGGGAUUCUCCACGCUCACCGGACACCUACGAAGACUCCUCAGUCCUCUCAAUACUGCCCUUGAAAGUCUGGAGUUGGCCAACUGCUGCCUGAACCGUGUGGACAUGACGUACUUGUCCAACAGCCUGCACAGCGAGGCUCUGGUCUGCCUGGACAUGAGCGGACACGAUGUCCUGGACGCCUUCCCCGCUCCUUUCCACAAACUUCUCAGCCGCUGCUCGGCCUCACUGGCCUCGCUGGCGCUGGAGGAGUGCGGCAUCGAGGACGCACACGCGGACGCCUUUGUGGACACACUGUCCCGCUGCCAGGCGCUGGAGGAGCUCAAACUCCUGGGCAACCCUGUGACCUCCCAGGGCCUGCGGAGGAUCUUCUCAGCUUUGGCGGCGGGAUUCCCCAAGCUGAGGUACGUGGAGAUGCCCGUGCCCCGCGAAUGCUACCCGGAGGACGCCGCGUACCCGCUGGACGACUCGGCCCUCCUGCAGUACGACCGGGCACUCUUUCAGGAGGUCAGGGAGCAGCUGGUGGGCAUCCUGGCGGCGGCUGGAAGAGGGAGUGUGGAGGUGUGCACCCCGCUGAUGGGGGUCUACGACGCAGAUAUCUGCGAGACCAGCAACGAGCUGGGCGUGUCCAUGUUGAAAUCCUUCCACAGCGUCAUCGGGAACUUCAUAGGCACCAUAACGGAUGUGGACAACAGGAGAAGCCACAAGAACAACUGACACUUUCACACAGGACUGCAACAUAUCUGCGGCAGUCCACCUUUAUUUGUGGCGGUCCGUUAACCGACAUUAACAUCGCAGACAGAGCAAACUAUUUCUUCCCACCCACAAUUGUGUCAAUAUUUAUUGGUUUGUAUCCAAGAUGUUGUACUACAUAAUGUAAUGAAUGUGUUUCUCCUGUACAGUUUUUUAAAAGGUAUUUUAUCAGGCUUUUCACCGAGUCUUUUUGAAGAUAAUUAUCCGUCUUUUUACAGUUGAAAAAAAUUAUAAUUAGCAGGCUUUCUACUUUGUUUUUAAGAUAGUUAAAUCAGGAUUUUAACUUUUUUUUUUUUUAAGUAUUUUAUCAGGGUUUUUAACAGGUUCAUAAGGUUUUUUACCAUGCUUUUUAUUUAUUUAUUUAAAAGGUAUUUUAUCUGCCUUUUUAACUGGUUAACAAAGAUAAUUAUCAGGCUUUUAACCAUGUUUUUUUUAAGGUAUUUUAUCAGGCUUUUCACAGAGUCUUUUUAAACAUAAUUAUCAGGCUUUUUACCGAUUUGUAAAGUAAUAAUUAUCAGGCUUUCUACUUUGUUUUUAGGGUAUUUUAAAAUUUAAAAAAGUAUUUUAUUGGGCUUUUUACUGUUUUUUUUAAUGACAAUUAUAAGGUUUUUUUUACUGUGUUUUCCAGGAUUUUUAACGUGUUUUUAAGGCGUUUUAUCAGGCUUUUUACUGUGUUUUUAAGGUAUUUUAUCAGGCUUUUUACCGAGUUAUUUGAAAAUAACAGGCUUUUACCGUUUUUAUAAUGAUUAUCAGGCUUUUUACUGUGUCUUUAAGGUAUUUUAUCAGGCUAU